CAUAUGAGAGCAGUGGCGGUGCCUUGUUCCGUGCUGAAAUAAAAUUGUAAACAAAGAAAAUUUACUCGCUGCAUAAUUCCAGUAAAAUUUAAUGCCGAGAGAGGAGAUGGGAGCUCAUUUUGAAGAAAUUGAGGACCUUGUCAUUGGACAAGACGUGCCCGUUUCAUACAAGAGACUAAGCAAGCACUUGGACGUCCACGUUAACAAAGCAAAAAAAAUACUCGCUGAUUUUGCCGAUGGCAAGGAAGGAAAAGUCUCUGAAACCCACCUUGUCUCGGGCAAGGUUCCAUCAAGCAAUGGUUUUGGAUGGCAUGUUUGCGUGGUUCACAAGCAAGAUGUCCAAACAAUUACCAAUUCGUCUUUCUACGAGUCAUCCUCGAGUCACGUCUAUGCCGUCUAUAAAGGGUCAAAGAGUACUGAAAUUUUGUCCGACGUGACAACAAGAAUUGAAGAUGUUGCAGAAAAAGUGUCUGGCAUCCAAAAUAAGCAUGUUUCGGUUAAAGAAAGCAACGGAAAAAGAAAAUUCGCAACUGCUAAAACGCCAUUAUUACCUGCCAUGACGAAAAAGAAGGUUGAAGAAGUUAAGAAAGACAAAUCUGAACCUAAGCCUGAAAAUUCUCCUACCAUGCAAAAAGAUACUAAGAAAGAGCCAGAGGCCUCUGCGGAGAAGAAGACUGAAGUUUCUGCGCCUGAGAAGGAAUCCAAAAAGCUUCAGGCAAAUUCAAACAACAGUAGCAAGCAAAAGGGUAUUGCAAAUUUCUUUCAACGAGGAGCUGCUCCUGCCAAGGCAAAGCCGGAACCCAAGCCUGCUGCUAAAGAGGAGAAACCUAUAGAUAUAGAAGAGGAUGAGCCCAAACCAACUGAGACGAAACCCAAAUCAAAAGCAGUGGAGAGUAAUUUAAAUAAUAAGGGCAAAGCGAGCAACGGAAAAGUGGCUCCGAAGAGGAAACCUGCAAAAUCUAACGGGCAUCCUGAAAAGAAGAGGAAGAGGAUUGUGAUUGAGUCUGACUCUGAUAGCAGUGACAAUGAAGGGCAAAUUGAAGAAGUCGAAGUAGACGAGCCUGCACCACCAACAGCAGUUGCUGCCAAGGAGGAGCCUGAAGUGUCUCAAGAAGAAGGAGUCUGUCGUGAACGCAAGCUGGUCGACAAGAUGUUUAAAGAUGAAAAAGGUUUUAUUGUCACCAAAAAGGUCUGGGUCACUGAAGAAAAAAAGAUUGACACCAAGGAAAAUGACGAUGUAAAAAUAAUAGAGAAGGAAGAAACCAAGAAGGUUGAAGAGAAAGCUGCUGUUGCCCCAGCAAAAAAGAAGCAGGCUGGCAUCAUGAGCUUCUUUACUCGUAAGUGAUCAACCUCAAUACUUAAAAAUAUUAAUUCGACGAUUACUUGGCCGGUGUCCAAUUGUAAAAUUUCAUGUAAUAUUAAGUAAUGAAAACUUUUAAGAUAUUCUAGUUGAUAUCAUGGGCUUUAUUUUUUAAUGACACAUUCAUUUGACAUGAGGAGAAAUGAAGGAUGAAACUGACUUGAGUUUUGUCUUGACAACACAUAUACAGAAUUAUAAAUUAGCUUGUCACCGAAAGUCUUCAUCAUUUAAAGUAACAACUUGGCCAUCCAUUUCUGAAUCACCGUAUGUUUGUUCCUGGCUUUCCUCUUCUUCUUGUGUGCUCUUUAAAUGCAACGUUAAUAUCCCUGCUUGGCCUUUGAUUGCUAGUAUCACUGCACGGCCACCGUUGGCCAAUUCGCAUGCAGUGAAUGGAUAGUCAGGCGUGAAAACAGCUAUGCAGGUUC